GGGAUGGAAACAAGAGAUGACAGUCCCAUCAUGCAUCAAAUCUCGCUAAGGCGAAAUCUCUCGAGAUUCUUGUGAAGGACGAGACUAGCAACAAAGAUGGCCAACCCCGGAAGAAGUUUUGUCACAUUGUGUUUGUUUCUCGUUUGUUGUCUGUGGUGUUCGUCGUUGACAAGAGGACAGAAAGAAAAUAGACUGCAGUCCAUCUGCCAGCUGAGUUCUUGUGCUAGCCCCUUGGCAGAUGAUGGUGUGGUGUACAGUAUGUGUCAGGACAGACCUGGGCUACAGGUGUGGGGAAGGUGCUGUGUCAACAUAACGGACAACACACACAAUUUCACCAUUGGGUUGGACCUUAGUGGAUGCAAUAUCAAAGAUGAAUUCUUCAAGGAGUCCCCACUUCUCCCACUAACACGUCUUCAAAAGCUGGUGCUUGACAACAACCCUGGUAUUACUGUUCUAUCCCGUGAAGAUGUUGCUGGUCUGACAGAUCUUAAUUACAUAUCUGUGCCAACCCAUUCCAACUGUUCCUGCCCGGGAGGUGAGGAGGCCUGGAGACAACACAUCAGAACAGUCAACACAACUGUCUGUACGGACCAGACUCCAACCUGUACAAUAUAUGAUGGUGCCUGCCCUGUAACAACUUCUCAUUGUGUGGAGGAUGGACCAGGUUUAUUCCUCUGCCUCUGUAAUGAAGGAUAUCAUGGAUACAAAUGUCUAAGACAGGGCACGUUUCCCAUGUCAGCGUUCCUGGCUGGUCUAGGGAGCAGCACUGUCAUAGUGGCGGCAAUUCUGUGGGUGCUACAGAGACGACAUGUGAAGACAGCAUGAUAUUCGAAAUCAAAGUAACCUAAAAAAAGUGUUAGUGAUCUGCUGUUAGUAAAAUAUGCCAAAGAUCUUUUGCAUAAAAUUUUGUAUUAGUGAAAUUUCUUGUGGCUAGGCUAACUUGCAUUAAUAUUAUACUACAAUGUACUAUUAGCUACGUGUGAUGUCCCUUUCACGGUGAAUAAAAGUAAUGAUGUCCCUUUCACUGUGAAUAAAAGUAAAGACU